AUGUAAAAUGUGAAUUAGUUAUUGAGAACAAACAUGGAAGCAGGUUAUUCUAGUGUAAAGGAUUUUGUUAAUUCUGCUGGUGACUCUGCCGAAAAACUCACUUGUGACCUUUGUGAAAUUUUUGAUAUACAUAAAAAUGAUUUUGAGAACCACCUUAAAAGUCGAGGCCAUCGAAAGAAACUUCGUAAAAAAGAUAGAGAACGUGAGAAGGAAUCUGGCAAAAGUGAGGAAGAGAGAUUUGAAUGCGAGUAUUGCAACAGAACUAUUAGAGGGGAAGAAUUUUACAAAGCACAUUUGGGAAGUAAAACCCAUAAAAGGAAUUUAAAACGAUUUACUACAGGUCAAACAAAAUCAGCUACAGCUUCUGCUCAGGUUAAUCGCAGUAGCAGGAGAUCUCGCAAACUUAUCAUUGGCACCCAGGAUGAAAUUGGUCAAAUUGACUUUAUCAGACAGAAAUAUAAAAUCCGCCUUGACAGAAUCGAGGAUUUAAACUAUAAAGCAUACAUAUACUCCCUAACGGCAUAUCUUAGCCUACGUUUAGCUUUGGAUCAGAAUGUCGAAGACUUUAAGUUAUCUGUGAACGAUAGGGAAUGGCAAGUCUUCGGAGACGUGGUUAUAUAUAUAACCUACAAAGAAAAAAAGGUUCUUUAUGUCAUACAAUGCAAAAAAAUUACACAGGCUUUUAAACAAAUUGAGCAAUUGGAGGAAGCUAAGAUACAUGUGGAAAAACAGUACCAAUAUCUAGCUCAAUUGAAAGGUGCUGGAAAAGAUGUCCUCGAGACAAAGUUUGUAAUAUUUACGACCUGUAGUACUAAUUCAAAUUUCGUUCAAUCCGUGCCACUGAAGGCUGCAAUAUUGAAUAAGUGGAGUACUUCUGAUGAUGAUAAUUUCUUAGACGGUACGCUCAAAUUAAAAUCUGGGUUAAAAAAGAAUGAAAUAAUAAACGUUACCAAUGAUCCUGAAAAUAUAUAUUCCUUUAUACUGUCGGAUAAUGUGGGUUACCACUUGCCUCAGCUUUUCUUGUACACUGGUCAGAGGAUUUUACCUUCGAUGCUGAAUCAGUUGUUAAAACAAAAAUUUGACAGGUACCCUGAUAUUUCAACAGAUUUUAUGAAAUAUAUAGAAAGGUGGAUCGACGGUAAACUCGGAGGGAACUAUAAGCUCAAGAAAAAAGAUGUUGUUCUUAAAGUAGGAGAAAUCCUGCUAGGUCCGUACAUUGUUUCUCCCAAAAAUGUCCAUUCCAAACAUGACGCUUUUGACGUUUGGAAUCAAGUUAUCAGUCGAGUUGACUUAACUGUUGUGAAAAAUGAAUCAUAUACAAUUAGUAAAAUCUGCAGACCACUAAAUAUAAUGAUAGAGGAAACUCUCUCUACGACUAUAGAUACAAUAACAAAAUCCAUACACCUGAAACAUGAUACAUUACAUCAAGUGGGAGAUCCUAUCAAAUCGUACUUUUUUGAGGUUGUUCGAGAAAAUGUGUAUGACGAUAUUCCCCUUCAUUUGGUCUAUAAUGUGUUUUGGAAAGCAGGUAAAAUACCUCUGCUGAUGUCAUCGGAAAAAGAGGAAGAAGCAAAGGGUUUCAUACUAGACGUCAUUAUGCUCAUGAAAAAGAUGGGGGUGCAUAAAAAGUUCUUAAUCAAAAGUGCAAACCUUAAUCUAAACCGUUACAAAGAAACCUUGAAGAUAUUUACAUGUUUAGAUGAUGUAAAAGAAUUCGUAGAUUGGAACGAAGUCAAGAUAAGAGUUUCAGAUUCGUUCGAACUCUCUCUAAGUGAAAUUCAAAAUUCAGACCCAUUUUUCUCAAAAUGGGUGACUCCAAACAUGUUUUUUGAUAUCGCUGUCGGUAAGUACAGCCUCAAACCUAGUUAUUCUCCAAAAAAAUUACAUAGGAAAAAGGAUAUUUUGAAGCUAAUACUGAGUGAUGAUGUAAAAGAUAAUUUGGAGUAUCAACUUUAUCCAGAAAUUGAUAUAUCAGAGACAGAUUCAAGGGAUUCAAAUGAAAGUAGACUUAGAGGUGUUGAUCCCCAUAUAUUAUAAUUCAUUAUUAUAUUUGAUAAUAGUAAAUAAAAAAUUACAUAUUU